GUGUGUGUGUGUGUGUGUCUGUGUGUGUGUGUGUACAUGUGCGCGCGCGCGCGCGUGUGUGUGACCAAGUGAGUGUGUUUGCGGGGGUGCGCGCGCGGGCGGGAGUGGGCGCGCUCGGGGAAAGGCCCGAAAACACCUUAGUUUGCACCGAGAGACCAUUUGCAGCGGAACCCGAAAGUUUGCAAGAGGAAGAGAGCGUGUGGCGAGCAAGCGGGCCAGGGGCAGCGGCAGCGGCACCGGGGACCAUGGUGCUGCCGGCGCCUCCUCCGCGGGCGUGAAGGCGGCGCUCCCACUCCCUCCCCGGUCUCCGCGGUGUCCCAGGAGCUUUUGCUGACAAUUCCAGUUUCCAAACGAAACAUUUGGGCAAUGGUGAAGGCUUCAAUACCUUCUCACAUUUGCUGUCAACAAUGAAUGGACGGAUGUGAUGCCUGCUGGUCGAAAGGUGUCCCUCUGUAUGUUGCAGUCCUGUGGCAUUAUGCAUGCCCUCAACCAGUGACCUCCAGACUUUUUAUGGCUGUGAGACACAUUAAAAAUUCAGGGGUAAGAAGUGACCUUUUGAGGUGACUGUAACAGAAGAUUGCUUGGCAGAAGCCAAAAAAGGUUUUUGAGUCAUGAUGCAAGAAUCUGGGACUGAGACAAAAAGUAACGGUUCAGCCAUCCAGAAUGGGUCUAGCGGCGGCAACCACUUAUUAGAGUGCGGCAGUCUUCGGGAAGGGCGGUCCAACGGGGAGACGCCGGCCGUGGACGUGGGGACGGCCGAUCUGGCCCACGUGCAGCAGCAGCAGCAGGCGCUUCAAGUGGCAAGACAGCUUCUUCUCCAGCAGCAACAGCAGCAGCAAGUUAGUGGGUUAAAGUCUCCCAAGAGGAAUGACAAACAGCCAGCCCUUCAGGUUCCCGUGUCAGUGGCUAUGAUGACACCUCAAGUUAUCACUCCCCAGCAAAUGCAGCAGAUUCUCCAGCAGCAAGUGCUGAGCCCUCAGCAGCUCCAGGUUCUCCUCCAGCAGCAGCAGGCCCUCAUGCUUCAACAGCAGCAGCUUCAAGAGUUUUAUAAAAAACAACAGGAACAGUUGCAGCUCCAACUUUUACAACAACAUGCUGGAAAACAGCCUAAAGAGCAACAGCAGGUGGCUACCCAGCAGUUGGCUUUCCAGCAGCAACUUUUACAGAUGCAGCAGUUACAGCAGCAACACCUCCUGUCUUUGCAGCGCCAGGGCCUUCUAACCAUCCAGCCAGGGCAGCCCGCCCUUCCCCUCCAACCUCUCACUCAAGGCAUGAUUCCAACAGAACUGCAGCAGCUCUGGAAAGAAGUGACAAGUGCUCAUACGACAGAAGAAACCACGGGCAACAAUCACAGCAGUUUGGAUCUGACCACGACAUGUGUCUCUUCCUCUGCACCUUCCAAGACCUCCUUAAUAAUGAACCCACAUGCCUCUACCAAUGGACAGCUGUCAGUCCACACUCCCAAAAGGGAAAGUUUGUCCCAUGAGGAACAUCCACAUAGCCAUCCUCUCUAUGGACACGGUGUGUGCAAGUGGCCUGGCUGUGAAGCAGUGUGUGAAGAUUUCCAGUCAUUUCUAAAACAUCUCAACAGUGAGCAUGCGCUGGACGAUAGAAGUACAGCCCAAUGUAGAGUUCAAAUGCAGGUUGUACAGCAGUUAGAGCUACAGCUUGCGAAAGACAAAGAGCGCCUGCAAGCCAUGAUGACCCACCUGCAUGUGAAGUCUACAGAACCCAAAACUGCCCCUCAACCCCUGAAUCUGGUAUCCAGUGUCACCCUCUCCAAGUCUGCGUCAGAGGCUUCUCCACAGAGCUUACCUCAUACUCCUACGACCCCCACUGCCCCCAUCACUCCCGUCACCCAAGGCCCCUCCGUCAUCACCACCACCAGCAUGCACACGGUGGGCCCCAUCCGCAGGCGGUACUCAGACAAAUACAACGUGCCCAUCUCUUCAGCAGAUAUUGCGCAGAACCAAGAAUUUUAUAAGAACGCAGAAGUUAGACCACCAUUUACAUAUGCAUCUUUAAUUAGGCAGGCCAUUCUCGAAUCUCCAGAAAAGCAGCUAACACUAAAUGAAAUCUAUAACUGGUUCACACGAAUGUUUGCUUACUUCCGACGUAAUGCUGCCACGUGGAAGAAUGCAGUGCGUCAUAAUCUUAGUCUCCACAAGUGUUUUGUGCGAGUAGAAAACGUUAAAGGGGCAGUAUGGACAGUGGACGAAGUAGAGUUCCAAAAGCGAAGGCCACAAAAGAUCAGUGGUAACCCUUCCCUUAUUAAAAACAUGCAGACCAGCCACGCCUACUGUACACCUCUCAAUGCAGCUUUACAGGCUUCGAUGGCUGAGAACAGUAUACCUCUAUACACUACCGCUUCCAUGGGAAACCCCACUCUGGGCAACCUGGCCAGCGCGAUCCGGGAAGAGCUGAACGGGGCAAUGGAGCACACCAACAGCAACGAGAGCGACAGCAGUCCGGGCAGAUCCCCUCUGCAAGCUGUGCAUCCUGUACACGUCAAAGAAGAGCCUCUGGACCCCGAGGAAGCUGAAGGGCCACUUUCCUUAGUGACAACAGCCAACCACAGUCCAGAUUUUGACCAUGACAGAGAUUAUGAAGAUGAACCUGUAAAUGAGGACAUGGAGUGAACAUCUGGGCAGGCCAACCCCAAGAGUGUGAAGAUUGGGGGGAAAAAACACACACACAAAACAAAACAUGUCAAAAGUUGGCAGUGAAAUCGUUCUCCAUCGGUUGUACAGUCUGGAGGAUUUUUCACUACAUUUUGACAACUCUGCAAUGUGUUAACUCUUAGUGCCAUCAAGAAUCCCAUUUGGGAGUAUUUUUGAUUUUUCUACUUUUUGUUGAAAAAAGGAAUUUGUACUCUGUGCAUUGGAUGGACUUGUUUGGUACUGGGGAUUUUCCUCUCUUAACAGUCAACAUCAGUGUUGUAAAUUCGCUAAACUGAUUCACUUUUAGCAGCAGACUUUGCGAACUGCAGUCCUGCCGACGUUGCACAACGAGGACACCCAACCGAGCACGUGCGCCCGAGCUGCAGACCAAGCCUCUGCCCGAAUCUAAGGACUCCAAUGGACGACCUAUUUGCACAGUACUGCAUGUUGAUUAUCACUGCCUUUACUCCAGUUUGUUUUUUUUUUUUUUUGCUUCCAGUUGGGAUGGGGAAGGCCUUUGUGUGUGUAUUGGGGGGAGGGUUUAAAAAUAAUUAUCCCAAACUUUUUAAUGUAUUGCCUUUUUUUUUUUUUUUUGGCUUCUCCUAUACCAUUUUAAGUUCUGACCUCAGGCCUCCAUUUGGGCCCGCGGCCUCUUGGAGGCUUCAAGUUUUCUGUACCUUGUGAUGAAUGUUAAUAGGUGUUUUUAUUAUACAAAGCUGAAUGUCAUUUCUCGUUCGUAGUUUUCUGUCACUCAUUCCAUUUCCCUUCAGACAUCACCACUGUUUUCUCAAAAGUCAGAAAACAUUCCGUUUUGGUCUUUUGCA